GAGGGAUACAUCCAGGGCACUUUGGAAUGAGCAUCCCUCCCUCCCUGUGCCGCAUCCGCGAAUCAUGGCCAGGCUUCCCCGCGCGCCACCGUCCCAGAGUCACAUCUGUAUACAGUGCCGAGUCUGGGGAAUCCAUGCGUCGAGGCCUCUGCCGUGCCCACUUGUUGCAGUGCAGAAGGCCCCCCCUCUCGCUGCGCCUGUCUCGUGCCUUUGCCCAUGAUGCCUAGUGAACAGGAGUUGGUCCGCUGCUUGUACAGUGCGUCGUCGUCUCAGGUGUAUAUAACAGGUACUUGGCCAGCUUUCGCCUCCCACCCUCCUCCUUCUUCUUCUCCUCACUUGUUUCGUCAUCUCUCAACUUAACUUCCUUCAUCCUCUUUUCUUGAUACCCUUUCUUCCAUCACAAGCUACUUUUCCUUUCUGUUCAAGUCGAUAACUGGUUUUCAUCGUCUUGUCCGCUUCCAUCUCUCACACUCACACUCACACACUCUACAACUCACACACACACACACACACACAAAAUGCCUAUUCGCAUCUCUCGUCUCCCCAAGGCCGGUACUACCGAGAUCCUUUGCAUGGGUGCCGCUGGUAUCGGAGUUCUCACUCCCCUCUACUUCAUGAUGCCCGGCGCCGAUGAGCACCUCGCUAAGCAGACCACCAAGUGGGCUCCUCGCUGGGAGCGCAACAUUUCCUACUUUGCUCCUCCCGUCUCCAACGUCGUCCAGCGCAUGGAGCCUCCCGUCGCCAAGGCCAUCAAGUCCGUUGAUGAGCGUCUGCCUCUUGAGAAGAUGGCCAAGGGCAUGGAGAAGACGAUCCGCGGCGGUAUUGACCGCUUCGGCCCCAAGCCCAAGUCGUCAUAAGCCUCUGGCCAAAUGUAUCAAAGCAAGUGAAAUAUCCAAUUCUUGAUGGAUGACGCUGUCUGUUUUGUACUGUCGACUCUUUGUUACUCUUCUUGGAUCGCCCUUCAUCGCCCACUGUAUGGCACCGCGCAGCUCGAUGUCAUGGGCAGAUGUGAUGGAGCAUCUUGUAUAGUGCUUUAGCAUGCUGGAUUCCACUGCCGACCGGUUCUGCACUUUGUCCGACCGAGGGUUUUGUUAUGCUGCCUUUUUUUGUCGAUUUUUUUCUUUUGUCUUGUAUUAGAUCUCCCGCUGUGCGCGGCUUAGAGUAGACUACAACAAAGCUUCAUCUUGAU